UAUCGCACAUCUGGCAACCCCGUUCCUACUACUGUGUAGUGAAGGGAAGAUUAGAGCUCACUGUAAAUCAGUGACAACCGGGUAAAAACAGGGGGUAAUACAUCACUUGGGGGUAAUUAUAUCGUAGUGCGUUUUUACUAGAGUUUUAUCAUCAUCGGGAGAAGUUUAAUUUGCGUUUUCGCAGCGUUAAAGACAGACUGAAGUGUACAUUGUUGACGAUGGGAAACGCCGCGGCCGCUAAGAAAGGCAACGAGUUGGAGAGCGAGACGUUUGUCAAAGAGUUCUUAGCCAAAGCCAAAGAAGAUUUCCUGAGAAAAUGGGAAUGUCCACCACAGAGCACAACUUGCCUAGACGACUUUGACAGACUGAAGACUCUGGGCACGGGCAGUUUCGGGAGAGUUAUGCUGGUGAAACAUAAGGGAACAGAGCAGUUCUACGCCAUGAAGAUCUUGGACAAACAGAAGGUGGUGAAAUUGAAGCAAAUAGAACACACACUGAACGAGAAGAGAAUAUUACAGGCCGUAUCGUUCCCCUUCCUCGUCCGACUCGAAUACGCCUUCAAGGAUAACUCCAACCUGUAUAUGGUGAUGGAGUACGUACCGGGUGGUGAGAUGUUCUCACAUCUACGAAGAAUCGGGAGGUUCAGUGAACCACAUGCACGGUUUUAUGCAGCACAGAUAGUCCUCACCUUUGAGUACCUCCACUCACUAGACCUCAUCUACAGAGACCUGAAGCCUGAAAACCUUCUCAUCGAUCAGCACGGCUAUAUACAGGUCACUGACUUCGGUUUUGCGAAACGAGUGAAGGGUCGAACCUGGACGUUGUGUGGGACCCCGGAGUACCUGGCACCAGAGAUCAUCCUCAGCAAGGGCUACAACAAAGCAGUGGACUGGUGGGCUCUGGGCGUGCUCAUAUAUGAAAUGGCUGCAGGUUACCCUCCGUUCUUCGCUGACCAGCCCAUUCAAAUCUACGAGAAGAUCGUGUCUGGAAAGGUACGAUUCCCGUCUCACUUCAGCUCGGAUCUGAAGGACCUGCUAAGGAAUCUGCUUCAGGUCGACCUGACCAAGCGGUACGGCAACCUCAAGAACGGCGUCAACGACAUCAAAAACCACAAAUGGUUUGCUACGACGGAUUGGAUCGCCAUCUAUGAGAGAAAGGUGGAGGCUCCGUUUAUUCCGAAAUGCAGAGGUCCGGGAGAUACGAGCAACUUCGACGACUACGAAGAGGAGGACAUCCGUGUGUCCGUUACAGAAAAAUGUGCAAAGGAGUUUGCCGAGUUUUAGCCACGGACACAUCAGAGCUAUACGUAUACAUAUAUACGUAUAUGUAUUUAUCUAUAUAAAUAUAUAUAUAUAUGAGUGUGUGUGACUGUGUGCGCAUGAAUGCGUGUGCGAGCGUGUGUAUAACCACACAGCAAAUGAAGUAAGAGGAUCUUUGCACUCUAAAGACACGGCGGACGGAGCGGAGACCACAUCACGUCAGAGUUUCUGCGUAGCUCCUUCAUUCCGUCUGGUUCUUCAUCAAGAGGCCAACAAAAAGCCCUCGAGCUUUACACGUUACAUCAGACGCUCCACUCACUCACUCACUCACUCACUCACUCACUCACUCUCUCAUAUCCCUCUUUAUUAUCUUUUUUUUUUUCUUUUUUUAUUUCAUUUUAUAAAUGUCUUGGAUGUUGUUUUAAUGCUGAAAAGGUUGUCAGAUGUUUUCAGGACUAGGACUUUAAAACACCGUCACACACCGAGCGCCAGUUUAUCCUCCGACUCCAGCCCUUCUGCUGUUCUACGCGGUCAUCAGGCGUGGCGUAAUAUAGCAGCAUAACAGGAACCAGGGGGUCUCAUAUGAACGUGGGGUUUUAUAGAUGCGUAUUUUACAAUGGCGGACGUAUAUACAUCCAUCCAUCCACGAUUGCAGCAGCAAGCCAUUGAAUGAUUUCUUCAGUUCCUCUCUUAAACCUUUAGUACCGAUUGAGUUCACAGCAACAUGAGCUCGUAGUGUGUGCAGACUAAUUGUCCCAAAGUCAUUGCUUUGUUUGUUUACGCAGCACUUUGCUUGCAUGCUGUGGCUCAUUUACUACAUUACUACAUCUACAUGUAGUCGAGUUCUUCUUGUUUACCGCGUUUGCAAAGACGUACUCUCUUGAUCCAAGUAGAACUGAGUAAGGUUUAAGGAUCUGGUUUAUGAGCUCAGCAGUGAAGAGGUUUUGAUUUUCCUGGGAUUUAAAUACCUCACCUUCUGAGCAGUAGCAUAAAAGCCUUAACCGCCAGACGUUAUCUGGAAGUAUGUUAUGGUUUAGGGGUGUGUAAGCUUCAGGACGCAUCCCGUCCCGUACACUCCCAUGUCAGCGCCACUUCUGUGCCUCAGAAGGAACCUAAUGAUACCCGAACUCUUCCAGAUGGAUGGAUGACAGCAGAGGGGCUGCAAGUAAUUGUUAUUGAUAUUAAUAAUAAAUAAAUAAAUAGCUUGAGUUAAGCUGCAUGGUGGGUGAGAGUAAUAAAUUGGUACGUUGCUCAGACUUGAUCUCAGCAGUCACAUGUAGCUACGAUUUGAAGGAACACGCGUCCUGCGUUUUGUCUGUUACCCGCUGUGUGCAAUUUUCUUUUCCUUCAUUUUCGAGUACCAGCAGCAGUUAUCUUACCUCACACUCAUCCACCGACCACUUUUUCCCCCUCCUCAGAUCGCAGAGGUGCUGCUUCUGUCUUGUGCAUGUCGAACCAUUUGGGGAUUAUUAUUAAUGUUAUUUUAUUUGAUUUUGAAGAACACUUCAGCCAGUGUUGCAAGCAUGACCAAAACGUCUGAGCUGUGGGUCCUCUGAAGGUUUCGAUCAGUCACGAUUGAACCCACGGAUCGUCUGUUGUUGAGUCGAGUGUUUCAGCGAUCGUUAGUGCAACCUGCACUUCCAAAAUAUCCUGACUUGCCCUGGCGUAUUUUUUAUUUAAUUUUUUUGCAUAAUUCUGUGUUAUUUUACAGCUUUGAUGUGUAUCCAUUGAUGAUGAGGAUAUAUCUUAAUAUGCCCUGGUACAUCUUUCUGAUUUGGCUCAGAACAACUCAAAGUACUGUAUAAUUACCUUAAACAAUCUGUAGCAGAUACCGUUUGCUGUGAACGUGGUUUCCUGUGUUGUUGUGGAAACCGACCCUGAGACUCUCCACAUGCACGCGAAAACUUUUUUUGUUUUGUUCCCCCCCCCCCCCCCCAACACACUACACAUUAUCACAUUAUACUCCAGUUUCUGUCUCUUUCUGUCCUUUAUACUUUCAUUUGUAUGACUGAAUUUAGAGUUGCAACUCAUAGGGAUGGAUCUUGUUUGCGAUGCUUGAUUUCCAAGGUACAUUCUCACAGACACACAUGCGUCAAAAAAUGAUUUGAAAAAGAAAAAAAAAGAACCAACUGGGGUUUGUUAGCCCCAGCUCCUUUGUAUCACAGAAUUCAGUUACUGUUCUGCUCAUAAUGCAUAUAUGCAUUGUUUCUUAUAUAUGUUUUUAUUUAUACACAUUAGAGAUGCUAAUAAAUUUUAUUUUUAAAAUUG